AUGCGACGAGUCGUAGUGACCGGUUUAGGGCUUGUGACUCCUCUCGGUGUCGGUGUUCAACAUGCAUGGAAGCGCCUACUUGCUGGCGAGUCUGGUGUUGUCUCAUUGAUCGGUCGAAACGGUGAUCCAAGAUUUGCAGAACUCCCUAGCACUGUGGGUGCCGUCGUGCCGCAAGGCAAUGCAAAUGAAGGUGGAUGGAAUGCGAUUGAAUGGAUAGAAAAGGGUGAUGAUAGGAGAAUGGCAAACUUCACUCAAUAUGCGAUUGGAGCUGCUGAACAGGCCUUACGGGAUGCAGAGUGGAAACCGACUUUGGAUGAACAGAAAGAGAGAACAGGUGUCUGUGUCGGUUCUGGAAUUGGUGCGUUUGACGAUACGGUGAACGCCACGGCCGCAUACGAGAAGGGUGGUUACCGCAAGGUAUCUCCCCUCCUCGUUCCUCGGAUUCUCAUCAACAUGGCUGCCGGUCAUAUCACUAUGAAAUAUGGCUUCCGAGGUCCAAACCAUGCAGCGUCAACAGCAUGUACGACCGGUGCACAUUCCAUCGGUGAUGCAGCACGGUUCAUCAUGUUUGGCGACGCAGACGUCAUGGUCGCUGGAGGCACUGAGUCAUGUAUACACCCACUAGCCAUGGGUGGUUUCGCACGAGCAAGAAGCCUAGCUACCGAGUUCAACGACCGACCCGCAGAAGCCUCUCGCCCCUUCGAUCGUGAUAGAUGCGGCUUUGUCAUUGGAGAAGGAGCAGGUGCUGUCGUGCUGGAAGAAUACGAACAUGCCAAAGCACGAGGUGCGAGAGUAUACGGCGAGCUUCUUGGAUAUGGGUUGAGUGCCGAUGCGCACCACAUGACAGCACCACCAAGUGAUGGGUCCGGUGCUCAUCUAUCCAUGCGUCGUGCUUUGAACCACGCAAAACUGCCGGCAUCUCAGAUUGACUACAUCAAUGCACACGCGACGAGUACACCUCUUGGCGAUGCCGCAGAGAACCAGGCCAUCAAAGCUUUGAUGCUCGGGAAGGACGGAAAGCAAAGUGCGAGUGAAGUGAAUGUGAGUAGUUGCAAAGGUGCUGUUGGGCAUUUGUUGGGCGCGGCAGGAGCUGUUGAAGCUAUCUUUUCGAUAAUGGCAUUGCAUGAGGGUGUGCUGCCGCCUACUAUCAACCUACACAACCCUGGAGACCCGGCGGAAGACUUCGACUGCAACUACAUCCCCAAUCAAGCACAAGAGAAGGAAGUACGUGCUGUCUUGACCAACAGUUUCGGAUUUGGUGGAACGAAUGCUUCUCUUAUGUUUGGAAAGGUUGAUGUCUGA